UCCAUGCUUCCUUCAAGUCUACAUUCUGUUGCCUGCCUCUCUCUCUCGCACUCAUUGUCCCUUGCCUUCGGACCACUGACACCAAACACAUACAUAAUCGCUCCCUUUUCACCUUUGUUUUCGCCAUCGUGUUCUUCAACGUUGCCAUACUGUCGGGCCCUCGAGAUUCCCCCGCGUCAUCAUCUUACCAGCCCAGGAUUCCUUCUGCGACUUAUCUUGCGACCUUGUCUCCCGGUCGUGCCUCGAUCUACCGGGAGCGUUGUUGAGCUAUCGAUCACCUGUCAACUUGAAGGAUUCGAGAUACCUGCCAGGGUCGACAACCUCUUCCCCCGCACAGAGCAUUCGGCGAACAACCCGAUCUCACCACAUUCCGCUGCGUCGAAUCGUCGCUGUUCACACCCCAGCCACGACGACGGCCGAGAGCACACAAAGUCUUGUCGCGUCAGACUUGAACACCGCUCUUCUAGACGGACGCUAGUCGACGGUCGAAGUCUGCUAGACAGGUUGCAGGUUACAUAGCUCUACACGAAGCCUGAAUCCCCCACCCCUGAUACCAAAAGGUCAUCCACCAAACACCAUCUCAUUCUCAGCCUGUCCGCCAUCCGCCGCCUCCUCUGGUACCGGGCUCCUUCAGCUACCUUGCUAGUACGUACCUUGGCGACUUUUAUUAGUCUAUGGGACGACCCCCUUCUCGUUUCCCCCCAGUCGUGGAAGUCAUUCAGAUUUCUGAGGCACCCUCACGGGCCAUGUCAAAGUUGAUGCCGAGCCGUCCAAACCACCAUACCCUUUCUCUCUUAACACCAAGCCUGUCCCGUCGCAAGACAUGCCAGAAUUUCCGAACAAACAGUUGUUGAAAGUCGAUCCCUGAUCCCCUUGCCUCCCAUCCUUCUCUUCGCUGCUCGCGUCCGCGAUUUAUCUCGUCCCGAACAAAGGGCACGCACACCACCCCCAAAUAACCCUCUCCCAUUGUCUCGGGUCCCUCCUUGUCAUCCGCUCCAGUGGUUUUCUAUCCUUUUUUCCCCCUCCCAGUAUCCUCCUCUUCUCCAAGACAAGCAGCGCAAAGUUUGCUUCCCCAUCAUUCGUUCUCGCCUCCCCGCUUCCACACCUCCAAACAGACCGACGUUUUCGUCCAACAUCUUCCCUAUCCAGAUUGUCUCUCUAUCCACAAGCGGCUCGACCGCUCCCCACGCCGCACGCCGCUUCGGGACUUUUCUGAUCUGACGGUUGGAAACAGACAAGCCUGGCUGCCAAUCAGGGACGUCAUCGCCGGCAUUUUGGUCUUGGUGGAGGGGUCCCUGAUUAGAAUUUUCCAUCCCUGGAAAGCUCACUGACGUUGAGAAAGCCAAGGUUUUGGAUUUGGAUCGCUUCACGUUGCCAAUUCGCAUCGCCGUCAACUUCUCGGCAAGUCAGACGCCCGUCACUGAGGACCUUCCUCCACGCCUGACGGCAGUCGACUUCGUGUACGCUCAGGUUCGAACAGUUGACUCGGGCUGGCGUCUGUUGGGUACGAAGCGCAACAAGCAGAUAAUUCACGUCCACAAUGAAUUCGCCGCCAAACUCAUUACGCGAAGAACAACUGAGAGAUCUCUUGGUGAAGUCCGCUCGCGGCCCGCCUUCAGACCAAGAACCCCCCGAAAAGCGGCUUAAACUCGGCGGCCCCCCUUCUCCGGCAACCUCAGGCCCGGCCGUCAUGUCACCGCCCGGUUCCACCGAUACAGCUAUCACUGUCGGUUCUCAUAAUGGCGAUGAGUACGACACCGAGAGCUUGACCGACAGUGUGAGAGAGCACAUGUACGAGAACCGACUACGAUAUCACGCCUAUCGCGCAGGACGUUAUGCAUUUCCCAACGAUGCUAUUGAGCAGGACCGCGACGAGAUGAAGCACAUCAUCAGCAUUGAGCUGAGUGGGAGGUACUUCUUUUCCCCUGUCGAUGACCUGAUGGCAAGAGGCGCCGAAGUCCUGGAUCUGGGAACUGGACCCGGUCACUGGCCUAUUGAACUCGCCGAUAUGCAUCCCAACUCUACGUUUCUCGGCAUCGAUCUAUCCCCGAUUCAGCCGAGUGAAGUGCCUCCCAACUGUCACUUCAUGGUCGACGAUAUUGAGCACGAAAAUGGAUGGGAUUUAGACGAAGAGUACUUUGAUUUCAUCCAUCUGCGACAUACCCUGCACUCCAUUCGCGAUCGCAACGAUCUCAUGCAACGCGCCUAUAGGCACCUCAAGCCUGGUGGUUGGUUUGAAAUACAAGAACUCGAGUUCUUCCCUUUGUGCGACGACCAGUCCUGCCCGGACGGAGAUGGAUACGGCUUCCGAGUCUUCACGCAGUACCUCGACGCGGGAUUAAGAGUGCUUGGGUCAGAAAUGCAUGGGAUUCGCGCCGCCGCUGAUGAGAUGCGGGCCGCUGGUUUCGAGAACGUGGAAGAGGACAGGAGGAAAUGUCCCAUCGGCGACUGGCCAGCAAGGCCUGAGCUGCGCGAGUGUGGCAUACUGAUGCGGGAAACGAUCUUGGAAGGUCUCAAGGGUCUGGCGACAAGGCCUUUCAGAGCCCUGGGAUGGACCGAGAUACAGAUCGAGAUGUUCUUGUUGGACGUCCGGUCGCACGUCAAGGAAAGGGACUUCCACUCCUAUCUGAACCACAGGACAGUCUAUGGAAGAAAACCGCUCGACGCGCCGAAGCCAUGAGUGGCGAAUUUACGAAGAAAAAGAACCAAGAGCACGAAGCAAGACUGACGACACGAAACGAGCGAGGCGACGAGUACGAAUGAGAUCACCGAUCACCGCAUACCGAUAAAGGCGAUGUAGGGUUUUUUAGAUUUGGGUUUCUGAUUUUCCUGGGAUUGGACGCCUCCUAUCCCACGUUGGAUGUGCUUUGGUGUCACUGGGGCAUUGCAUCAAAGGGUUCAGCCGGCGGGCUGGCAUCAUUAUCAUUAUCGUUAUCAUCAUCAUCAUCAUCAUCAUCAUCAUCAUCAUCAGCAAAACAACGGCACUGCAUCGGUUUGGGGAUCUCUCGGUGGGUUUUGGGGUCUAAGGACAGCUGGAGGUAGCUUCGGCUUUGGCAUGCCGUCAUCGAAUUUCGGCUACAGCGGGCGAUGGGGGAGUUUUUUGUUGGCUUUCUACUUCGAGGAAGUCAUGAGAUGAUUAGGACCAUGGCGGCCUCAUUGACUCCAUCAGCUUCUGAUAGGCCUGGUGUAUCUUGCCGUUUCAUCCCGCCAUAUUGGAGUAGUCCGCACGAAGGGGUUCGUUUAUUGAACAAUCCCUCAAAGUCGACGAAUAUUGCGGAAGUGGCAUGUCUAUAUUGCCCAUGAAAAAUAUAUUGCAAAGCCUCUCAUCCCCGAGGGCUCAUUUUCAGUUUUCUA